AGAGUGCAUAUUUGUAUCUGAGGCACUGAUAAGAAGAAUCAUGCCACUUAAAUCUUUUCAAAUAUUUACACUGAUGUGUGGAUUUUUUUCUCGAUUCUAUGCUAUCGCAUCUCCACCAAUUCAAACUGCCCAAAAGGAAGUUCUACGUGGCGUUGAUGUGUCUUUGCGAUGUGAGGUCUCUUUCCUGUCUGAAUCCUCAACAUUACAGUGGGAGAGAGAUGGAGAACAAACAUCCAACACCACUUUACUGUACAACAACUCUGCCUACAUCAUCUUACACACCGUUGAUGGACACAAUCAGGGCAAAUAUUACUGUAGAUUGAUGGAAGAUGGAAGAGUGACAACGGUUAGGAUUCACACACUUUAUGUCAGUUCAAAUUCAUAUAAUGGAAAUAAUAAAAUUAAUACCAUUUACAGACAAAGCUCUAAUAAUAGUGACGUAUCACUGAUCUGCAAGACUAAAAAGGAAUACAAUAGAUGGAAGUGGACCUGGGAGCAGAGGCCUAAUUCACAGACUGAUCUGAUAGCAGUUGAAAAUGGAACAGAAGUUCAAGUAAAAGGACCGAUUAAACCAGGAAGACUUUCUUCAACCACAUACAAUAGUCAAGUUUUUAUCUUUCACAUCUCACCUGUGAACUUCAAUUCUAGUGGGACAUACAGGUGUAUUACAAAGGAUAUAAAUAAUCCCUAUACAACCACAAUGCUUCGCACCAUCAGAGUCUCAGUGGAGCACCCUGAUGGUUUGUUGAGGAAUCGGUCAGUGAUUCUCACCUGUGAAGUUUCUGAAGUGACUGAUUCACUGAUGCUGGUCUGGCUCAGGAUGGAGGGGAACAGAGGAGUGCUGGGAAAACAGCAAAUUAUGACUGAGAAAAACAACAAGUUACAACUCACAGUGAAUCUGUCCAACAAUGAAACAGACCCGCUGCACUGGCAGUGUGCAGUUUUUACCGAGGAUACACUCAGAGCUCUGGCUCCUAUAACAAUCAGUCUUUCCUCAUCAUCAAAAACCACAACUCGACCAAACAAAGAGUUCAACAAAUAUGCAAAGGCUACUGUAUCCUCUGUUUUGGUUCUGUGUGCGGGGAUUAUGCUUGGAGCUAUAUUGUAUUACCUUUACAGAAAGCGAAUGUCAGUGCACUCGAACCCUCAGGAGUCUGAACCAGUCUAUAUCAACAUCAACCUAAUGAGGAAAGACAAGGUAGAGCGCAGCAACGCACUGGGAAACAGAGAAACGAGUCCUGAAAUGUAUCGCCAUUUAAGAAGAAACAGAUAUGACAAAACAAACAUAAAUGAAAGAGAUGAGACACCAGCUACAUCAGAGAGUGUGACCUACGCAACCAUUUAUUUCAACAAAUCCAGGUGCCAGACUUAAAGAUAUAACUUCCCCAAACUGUUAUGAAAAUCUGUAUGAGAAUUUUGUCAUUUAUUCAUAUAUUCCUAGUUUCACAGAGGCUUCAGCUUAGUCUCAGACUAAAAUGCAUGUUUGAGCUGCUUUAACUGAAAGCAGCUUGCACUGACGUCGCUCAAGAUGCACACCAGUAAUGUUUUGUUCUAUGGCAUGUUUAUAAGCUAAUUGUCCUAACUGAACUAAGGCAUAAUCCUGUCUGUGAAACCAGGACAUAAUGUUUAUCUAUAGGAGCUUCAACCUAUUGUCUCAUGAAGAAAGUAUUAUCACUUUCUAAAUUAAACAGCAGAUGGCGCUGUCUGAUUACAAACUAGAAUCUGAGACUGUUCCGUGGUAUUGUGUGACAAACACACCUGACUGCCUUCUGCACACUAGCCUACCACAAAUAAUAAUCUGAUGGACUGACACUGGAUUCACAUUUUUACAAGCAUCAACUAAAUAGCAUACUAUUAUUAUGACUUAACAUUUGUUAUAGCCUAAUAUAGCAUCUUUCAUUGAAAGUGUAUGAACUCUGGUGAAAUGGCCAUUUGAUGGCACUGUUUGAAAACAAAUUUGAAAUAUAAUGCUAAUAAAAAAAAGUCUAAGUACAAAAAAAAAAGAAAAAAAAAGAAAAAUGCAGUUAUACAUCCUCUUCUCUCUCGCUUUCUCUGUCUGUCACUUUCAUCCUCCUGGAAUCCACCCAGAACAUGCUGC